UUUGGAACCUGGGAAAUGAAGAUUUUAAUUUUGGGAUUAGAUGGAGAAGGAAAAACUACAAUUUUGUACAGAUUACAGGUUGGAGAAGUCAUUACUACUAUUCCUACCGUUGGAUUUAAUGUUGAGACGGUAACAUACAAGAACCUAAAAUUCCAAGUCUGGGAUUUAGGAGGACAGACAAGUAUCAGGCCAUACUGGAGAUGUUAUUAUUCAAACACAGAUGCAGUCAUUUAUGUAGUAGACAGUUGUGACCGAGACCGAAUUGGCGUUUCCAAAUCAGACUUAGUUGCCAUGUUGGAGGAAGAAGAGCUGAGAAAAGCCAUUUUAGUGGUGUUUGCAAAUAAGCAGGACAUGGAACAGGCCAUGACUCCCUCGGAAAUGGCAAAUUCACUUGGGUUACCUGCCUUGAAGGGCUGAAAAUGGCAAAUAUUCAAAACUUCAGCAACCAAAGGCACUGGCCUUGAUGAGGCAAUGGAAUGGUUAGUUGACACAUUAAAGAGCAGACAGUAAUUCAGUCACUUCUGCUCCUCUGAAACUAAGACCACAUCACA